CCCUCCUCCCUCCCUUCACCUCCGCACCCAGCAGCUUGUAGAGAGCAGUUCCGACCCACAGCCUGGCACCCUUCGGCGAGCGCUGUUUGUUUAGGGCUCGGUGAGUCCAAUCAGGAACGCAGGCUGCAGUUUUCCGGCAGAGCAGUAAGAGGCGCCUCCUCUCUCCUUUUUAUUCACCAGCAGCCACUGGCAGACCCCGGACUCGCGCUCUCCCGCCGGCGCCCUCAGCCUCACUCCGCGCCCGGGAGCACCCUCCGCCGUGGCUGCUCUUCACGCACGUCGCUCGCCCGAGGAACCAAAAGUCAAGUUGGAGCAGCGCCGGACAGUGGAUGGCCUUGACUGACGGCGGCUGGUGCCUGCCGAAGCGCUUCGGGGCCGCUGCUGCGGACGCCGGCGACUCUGGGGCCUUUCCGGCAAGGGAGCCCUCCUCUCCGUCUUCCCCGAUCUCUUCCUCGUCCUCCUCCUGCUCCCGGGGCGGGGAUCGCGGUCCCUGCGGCGCCAGCAACUGCAGGACGCCGCAGCUCGACACCCAGGCUGUGGCGGGACCUCCGGGCCGCUCGCUGUUGCUCAGCCCCUACGCCUCGCAUCCCUUCGCGGCUGCCCACGGACCUUCGGCGCCCGGGGUCCCUGGCCCCGGGAGCGCCCUGUCGAGUUGGGAGGACUUGUUGCUCUUCACUGACCUCGACCAGGCCGCGACCGCCAGCAAGCUGCUGUGGUCCAGCCGAGGCGCCAAGCUGAGCCCCUUCGCGACCGAGCAGCCCGAGGAAAUGUACCAGACCCUCGCCGCCCUGUCCAGCCAGGGGCCGGCCGCUUACGACGGCGCGCCGGGCGGAUUCGUGCACUCGGCGGCUGCGGCGGCCGCGGCCGCGGCUGCGGCCAGCUCUCCGGUCUACGUGCCCACCACGCGCGUGGGUUCCAUGCUGCCCGGCCUGCCGUACCUGCAGGGCGUGGGCAGCGGGCCCAGCAACCACGCAGGCGGCGCGGGCGCUCACCCGGGCUGGCCCCAGGCCUCCGCCGACAGCCCCCCGUACGGCGGGGGCGGCGCAGCCGGCGGCGGGGCAGCGGGGCCAGGAGGUGCCGGCUCCGCCACGGCGCACGCCUCCGCGCGCUUCCCCUACUCGCCCAGCCCGCCCAUGGCCAAUGGCGCCGCGCGGGACCCCGGGGGCUAUGUGGCUGCGGGCAGCGCGGGCGCGGGCAGCGUGAGUGGCGGCAGCCUGGCGGCCAUGGGCGGCCGGGAGCACCAGUACAGCUCGCUGUCCGCGGCGCGGCCGCUGAACGGGACGUACCAUCACCAUCAUCACCACCACUCGACCUACUCUCCCUACAUGGGUGCGCCGCUGACGCCCGCCUGGCCAGCAGGACCCUUCGAAACGCCGGUGCUGCACAGCUUACAGAGCCGUGCGGGAGCCCCGCUCUCGGUGCCGCGAGGCCCCAGCGCAGACCUGCUGGAGGAUCUGUCCGAGGGCCGCGAGUGCGUCAACUGUGGCUCCAUCCAGACGCCACUGUGGCGACGAGACGGCACGGGCCACUACCUGUGCAAUGCGUGCGGCCUCUACAGCAAGAUGAACGGCCUCAGCCGGCCCCUCAUCAAGCCGCAGAAGCGCGUGCCCUCAUCACGGCGGCUUGGAUUGUCCUGUGCCAACUGUCACACGACAACCACCACCUUAUGGCGCAGGAAUGCCGAGGGUGAACCCGUGUGCAAUGCUUGCGGACUCUAUAUGAAACUCCAUGGGGUGCCUCGACCACUUGCUAUGAAAAAAGAAGGAAUUCAGACCAGGAAACGAAAACCUAAAAACAUAAAUAAGUCAAAGGCUUGCUCCGGUAACAGCAGUAACUCUGUUCCUAUGACUCCAACUUCCUCCUCUUCUAACUCAGAUGACUGUACCAAAACCACAUCUCCUUCAACACAACCGACCGCCUCAGGGCCGGGUGCCUCGGUGAUGUCUGCAGUGGGAGAGGGCACCAACUCCGAGAACAGUGACCUCAAGUAUUCAGGUCAAGAUGGCCUCUACAUAGGCGUCAGUCUGUCCUCUCCUGCUGAAGUCACGUCUUCUGUACGGCAGGAUUCUUGGUGUGCUCUGGCCCUGGCCUGAGCUGGUGCUGACAAGGGGCCAGGCGGGCUCUGAGUCCUCAUGCCACUUGUGUCUGAAUUUGUCCAGCAGUCCAGAUGGCAGCAAAAAUGCAGACGUAACAUUCCUUCGA